AUGUCUCGUCGGGACAAGCCAAUGAAACCGUCGUCACAUUUUCAAGCGAUAGAAAACCGGUUGAAUCAUCUCGAAUCGCUACUCGGAAACGGGCCUGCCAAUCGCAGUAGCACUAAGAGAUCGUGGGAGCACAUAGACACGCCGGAGCAGGACAAACGUGAUUCUGUAACUCCCAACGUCAUAGCUACGAGCGAUGGCCCUGUUACUGGCUCGACUGGAUCUGAUGAUCCCACGGAUGGAAUGGGACACUUUGUUUUCGCUGAUGAGGAACAUCGUGCUUACUUUGGACCAUCAUCAAACAUCGCCUUCACGUCGGACUUGUCGCGAGCGUUGAAACGUCUAUCGCGCUCCCGCGGCGAAUAUUCUCCCGGAAGCAUACAGAGAUUGCCCGACUUUCAUAUCGCACGAGUCUCGCGACCGAGCUCACCUCUACCUGACGCGGUUCCAUCCACAGCAAGUGGACACCAAGAUGACACACCAGUCUCAUCAAUUUUCUAUCUACCUCCCGACGAGGAAACAUCGGCACUUAUUGAUCAAUACUUUUCUAACACGGGCUUAUUAUUUCCCUAUCUUCAUGAGGAGACCUUUCGCGAGUCGUAUAAGAAACUAAAGCAGAAUCAUGCUGCAACCCGCCGCACUUGGCUGGGCGUAUUGAACAUGGUGCUCGCUAUGGCCACUCACACCACAGUUUUGCCAGUGGGCGAGUCUGAAAAACGUCAAAUAAGGUCUGAAGCAUUCUACCGUCGUGCUGACAGCCUAUGUGCGGAGUAUGUCAUGAAUGGAGCAAGUCUAGAAAUUGUUCAGUAUUUACUUUUAGUAAGUCAGUAUAUGCAAGGAACACGAUCGUCCAUUCAAACAUGGGCAACGCACGGCCUCGCUGUCAAAGUAGCUUUGCAGCUCGGCCUGCACUCUAGCGAAACCUCAAAGCGGUUUCCUCCUGUCGAGCGUGAGAUUCGAAAAAGAACAUGGUUUUGUUGCAUUGUUCUCGACCGGAGUCUGAGCAUGACCUUUGGUCGCCCUGCCUCGAUACCUGACUGCUACUCUCGCCUUGAACUGCCCAUCUAUUUUGAUUCCAUUGAGCCGCGUGAGAGACAAAUUGAAGCACGACGGCGAUGUCGGUAUAGUACUGAUUUCUUCAACGCUACGAUUCGACUGUAUUCCAUCAUGGGAAAGGCCAUUGAGUGCCUAUAUGACAGCAAUUUAGGCGUCGAUGACAAGAUUCCUAACUAUGAGUUGAUCACGAGCGUUCUACGUAUGCGGCAUUCUUUAGAGGCAUGGGUUGAACAGCUACCCACACACAUGAGGCUUAUCCAAUCACAGAACUGCCUCGCGCAGCUGGGUAGAGAUCCGUCUAUCGAUCGAUCUCGCACCAUUUUGACCCUCCAGUAUCACAAUAUCAAAUUGCUCGUUCACCGCGUGGUUCUUGUUCGACUUUGUGACUGCCUCGAUGAUUUAGACGCACAAGGUCAUGAUAGCUUGUGCCUGCGAGACAUAUCUUGGAGCACCGUGCAUAUUGCCCUCGAAUCUGCAACUGAGAUCAUCAAUAUCGUCCGUACUUUCGUCGAAUCUGCAGGGGUGCGCCGAGCACUGUUAUGUCCGUGGUGGUUUUCUCUUUAUUACAAAUCAUGCAAACAGCCUCAACCCACUGCCCAUGACACAGACUAUUUAUCGAUACCGAAACACAAUCAUCUUGAUAAUCACAACGAUAACUCCGUCGCAGACAAGGAAGUUGUUGACCCGAAUCUUUCAUUCCUAGACUUCAACUUCAUGACCAAUGAGCUGUUUGACGUGACAGAUGGAUUAUUGCCGAAUCGGGGAUAUAAUCUAGAAUUUCAUCUCUAG